AUGACACAUGCAGCUGCCAAUGUCCCGUUCUAUGCGCGAUGUACACCAGAGGAAGUCCAGCAUCAUGCGAAGUCAACCGCUGAAGGCUUGUACUCCCUGCUACCAAUCGAAAUCUUCUGGAGAGACCGUCAAGUUUAUCUCGAACAGCAUGGCUAUCUACUCCGGCCACGAUUCAGGCCAGGUUGGUCUCCCUCAUGGCUUGGUACGGAUAUCGCUCCCAACUUCUGCGAGGACUCCAUCUGCAUGUUGGCUCGACAUGUAAUGGAUGCAGUGAAAGAAGAUGGCGGAGAACUGGUGUCCCUGAAAAGCGUGGAGAGGGACGGGAAUGAAGUUCGUAUCGCGCAAUAUCUCUUCAAGUCAGACGCUCGUUCAGAUCCCCUGAAUCAUUGCGUGCCCGUCGUGGAUGUCCUUCAAGAUCCAUUAGAUCCGAAGCUGUCCAUUCUUAUCAUGCUAUACCUGAGACCGUUUAAUGAUCCCGAGUUUGGGACGAUCGGAGAGGCGGUGGAAUUUAUGAGGCAAACACUAGAGGGACAUCAUCCUGUGAGGAUUGAGACAAGUCGGGAUGGUACGCGUACGUUAUCCCCAUUAUCUCGGUCGGACCAUCCUGUCCGGUAUUACUAUAUCGACUUCGGCAUUUCAUCGUACAUUGAGAAAGGCACGUCCCCGUAUGUGCUUGGUAGACGCGGCCGAGACAAGGAACUGCCCGAGCUUUCCUCGGAGGUCCCGUAUAAUGCCUUUAAGGCCGAUCUAUUCAUCUUGGGAAAUCUCUAUAAGAAAGAAUUUCUCCAAACAUACCUUGAUCUUGAGUUUCUCCAACCUUUGGUGCAGGUUAUGACAGCGCACCAACCAGACCAGCGACCAACUGCCGAAGGCGCAUUCUCGAUAUUCGAGGCCAUUCGGCACGCACUAGAUGGCUCUUUGCUACGCUGGCGCUUACGACGAAAAGAGGAAACAGCGCCCGAGCGCGUGGUAUAUGACACUGUAGCUGCUGCUAGAGAGGGGAUUUAUCGUCUGCGGCACCUCAUGAAAUGA